AUGUCCAAAUCAAUUGAAAUAAUAGAGGCCGCCCGCGUCGCCGAGGCCCAAAAACGCUAUGACGAAGCAGAGGAGAAAUACUACACUGUCAUCAAUAGCAAGCUUGAGCUGGAGGAACAAACACAGAAGAACCGAUUCUUGCAAGACCAAGAGACUGCAAUCCUCGAAUUGGGACAAGUGUUCCAGACCCAAAAGUCCGCUGACAAGUUGAAGCAAUUAAUAGACAAUAGUAGAGCAGCCCUCGGCCAUUUUGCCAAGUCGAAAACGGCGAAGAUCGUCAAGACAUUGGUGGAGUAUUUCGACGAGAUCCCAGACUCCUUGGAUGCUCAGAUUGCUGCCAUUCGCGAGUCAAUUGAGUGGGCCGUGAACAGCAAGUUGUCGUUCUUGAGACAGCAGUUGCAGCUCAAGUUGUCGGCAAAGUUGUAUGAGCGUGGUUUGUACCAGGAGGGUUUGAAGAUCAUUACUGGUUUGUUGAGAGAAUACAAAAAGUUGGAUGACAAAUCGUCCUUGUUGGAGGUGCAGUUGGUGGAGUCACAGAUAUAUCAUGCAUUGCGCAACAUUCCGAAGUCGAAGGCUGCUUUGACUAGUGCUAGAACUUCUGCCAACUCUAUCUUCUGUCCCACCUUGUUGCAGGCAGAGCUUGACUGUCAGAGUGGUAUUUUGAACGCUGAGGAUAAGGACUACAAGACGGCAUUUUCUUACUUUUACGAAUCGUUCGAGGGUUACAACUCCCAGAAUGACCCCCGUGCUAUUGUCGUCUUGAAGUACAUGUUGUUGACAAAAAUCAUGUUGAACUUGAUCGACGACGUGAACGUGCUUUUGAAUAACAAAAAUGUCGUCAAGUACCAAUCCCGCGAUAUCGACGCCAUGCGUGCCAUCUCAACUGCCUACGCAAACCGCUCCUUGAAGGAGUUUGAGGCUGCCUUGUUGACCUACGCAACUGAAUUGAGAUCGGACCAGAUCAUUAAGAACCACUUCAAUGCUUUGUACGACAACUUGUUGGAGCAAAAUUUGUUAAAGAUUAUCGAGUCUUACAGCGUCGUGGAAUUGUCUCAUAUUUCGAAGGUUAUCGGCUUGAACGUUCAACAGGUUGAAGGCAAGUUGUCCCAAAUGAUUCUAGAUAAGGUCUUUUACGGUGUUCUUGACCAAGGAAACGGAUGGUUGGUGAUCUAUGAUCAGCCAAGAAAGGAUGCUUCUUACGAGGCUGCUUUGGACCUCGUUAAAAAUAUGUCUGGUGUGGUGGACUUGUUGUACGAAAAGGCAUCUGCUUUAAAUUAG